AUGACGGUCAAGAGCAAUGUCCCCCGGCCACGCUGGCACCCUUCGCCCACAUACCACCUCAAAGCACCACGAGGCUGGAUAAAUGACCCUUGUGCGCCUGGAUACGAUGCUUCCACUGGUACAUAUCACUUAUCAUAUCAAUGGAAUCCCAAAUCUUGCGACUGGGGUGACAUCACUUGGGGCCACUACACAAGCAAAGAUGGACUGACUUGGAAGCAAAACACCCAAAACCCGGUCUUGGAGCCUUCUGAGUCUUAUGAUAAGGAGGGAAUCUUCACUGGUUGUCUGCAUCCAACCGGACUUCAAGGCGAGGAAGGUCAACUCACAGUCAUCUACUCCUCCAUUACACAUCUUCCAAUUCACUGGACACUACCAUAUACACGGAAUUGUGCCGGACUCUCAGUAGCGACCUCAAGUGACGGCGGAAAGACAUGGCAGAAGAGUGAGCAGAACCCGAUUCUGGAUGGUGAGCCAGAGGGCGUCACCGUGACAGGAUUCCGAGAUCCUUAUCUGGCUGAAUGGCCUGCUUUGGACGAGAUGCGUGGGGAGGCAAGCUUAUAUGGCUUCGUGUCAGGAGGUGUAGUCGAUGGUGGGCCUACAGUGUUCCUCUAUGCCAUCUCACCAACCGACUUGACCCAGUGGACAUAUCUAGGCCCUCUGGUCGAUCUACCCUCUGGUUUCAGCCCUUCCGGUCGUUGGGGCGGUGAUUUCGGCGUCAACUGGGAAUGCGUCAACUUCAUGACUCUUAACAACGAGUCUGAGGAAUGUCCGUUUAUGCUUAUGGGAACAGAAGGUGGAGUAAAGCCGGGCGCCAAAGAGGGCAGUGAGCAGUGGUCGUUGUGGAUGGCUGGAUCUUUGGAGAAAACAGCACAAGGUCCCAGGAUUAAACCGGAGUUCAGUGGAAUUCUGGAUCACGGAUGUCUUUACGCGCCCAACUCUUACGAACAUCCCAUUACGAAGAACAGGAUUGUUUGGGGAUGGUUGAAAGAGGACGAUCUGACUCUUGCUCGUCGCGAAUCUAAAGGUUGGACAGGAUACUUUUCGAUUCCCCGAGAGCUAUUCUUAUACUCCGUCGACAAUGUUACCAGGACAAUUACAUCAUCGUUGGAAGAGGUCGGUUGUGUCAAGGCCAUCGACAAUGGAAAGGGAUCAAAUACAGUGCAGACGCUGGGCAUCCGACCGCUACCAGACUUACAGUCUCUCAGACGGGACAAGCCCGCAUAUUGGAGCAGUAUUGACAGCAAAGCCAACCUUGGAAAACUGCUCAACACACAUUCCACAAGCUGGGAACUAGAAGCCACAAUAAAGGUUUCACCAAACGACAAGAAUCUAGGAUUCUGGAUUCGACACAACGAAGACCUGACUCAAGGAACUGCCGUCUGUUUCUCGCCACAAAGCGAGGAGAUGACAGUAGACAAGACGAGCUCAAACCAAGAACCCGAUAUCGAGAAGAGUGCUGUCACAGGUCCCUUCACACUCUUCUACGCUGAUACGAAUGGUACGGAGGAGCUGGAGAAGCUUCACUUGCGCAUUUUCUGCGACGGUGAUGUUCUCGAGGUGUUUGCCAACGAUCGGUUUGCUUUGUCAACAAUGGUUUAUGCGGAUGCGAGGGAAUGCACGGGCAUCAGUUGGUUCGUGGAGAGUCAACGGUCGACCGAGACGGUGUUUGAGUCUGUUAGGUUGUGGGAGAAUAUGAGGGAUGUGCUUGAGGUGGAUGAGCCUGUUGUUUACCAGCGAAGUCAGCUGUGA